AUGGGAGCAUCUGGGAUUGGGUCUGAGAAAUCCCUAAAGGACGCGCAGCAGCGAAAAGACAGGGGGAAAGCUGUUGUGGAGGCUGCAGCAGGGGGGGACGGCGGCGGGGGAAAGGGGAGGGGGGAAGUACGCGCAGGGAAAAGCGGAGGCGGGGAGUUAGGCGCAACGGGGGCAUUGGGCGGAACGGGGGAACUGGGUACAAGUCGAAGCGGAAGCGGGACUGAAUUAGGGGGUGGUGCGGCGGAGGGCGGGAGGGAUGACGCUCCCGCGCAUGGUCAUGGGCAUGUGCAUAUACAUGCGCAUGGGGAUGCACAUAGGCAUGAGCAUAAGCAUGGGCAUGAGCAGGAGCGGCAUGGGAGGCAUGAGAAGGAGAGGCAAGAGCAUGCGCAUGGAAAUGAGAAGGAGGGGCAUGAGCAUGCGCAUAGACAUGCACAUGGCGACACGCGUUGGAGCGGAGAGGAGAAGAAGGAAGAGGGAGGAGCAGGAGAGACAGCAGCAGCAGGGUCAGCCACCCCCGACCAGCAGAGGUUUAGGCCGAACCAAGGGCAGAGGAUCGGGUCGAGCCAAAGGGGAGCGCUGUUUGAGAGUCCGCAAAUGCAGGGGCGGCCAAGAGGGGGUGAGAUUUCAGCCGACGAACAUGCUGAUGAUGAAGGGAGUGAGGGAGGGAGUGAGGGAGAUGAGGAGGAUGAGGAGGAUGAGGAGGAGGAGGGUAGUGAGGAGGAUGACGAUGAUUUUGACGAUGAUGACGAUUACAGCACCACGGACUCGAGCACAGGGUCAGACUAUACAGAGGAUGAGGAUGAGGACGAAGAGGAGGAGGACGACGAGCAAUCUUCUAUCGUCGCCCAGGCCAAGGCACAGCGUGCCGAAGCUGAGUGUCUAGCCACCGAGGCUGCAGCGGAGGCUCGGGCGCGCGAGCGGGAAGGUUCGGCGGUGCGGGUGGCUCGGGCUGCUGUGGUGGAGAGGAGUCAGUUGGUGGGGGUGCUGGAAGGGGAGAGGAGGGAGGCUGAGGCGAGAAUGAGGGAGGCAGCAGAGCAGCACAGGAAGAAGGCAGAGGAGUUGAGAGCGCGUGUGCAUCAAGGAUUUGAGGCGGUGACAGCAGAGAGCCAAUCACACGCUGCCACGCGCAAGGAGCGGGCGGCGCGGGAGGCGCACUACGAGACGGAGGCAGCAAGUGGCAUGGCCGCACUAGCUGCUGCUCAGAGGGCUCUGGAAGAGAAGGUUGAGCUGCUGGCCUCUGAUUGGGCGACAGUGCACCGGCUGACAGAGGAGAUUGAGGGAUUGGAGCAGCAGGUGCAGCGGGUAGAGGCCAAGGGAGAGGGAGCGGCAGAGGUGGGGGCAGAGGCGGGGAGGGGGGAGAAAGGGAGAGAGGAGGAGGGAGCAGCUGCGGAUGUAGGGGGAGGAGCAGCAGCAGGAGAAGGAGCAGUGGGUAGGCAAGGGGCAGCAGAGGGAGGGGAGGGAAGAGAGGGAGCAGGGUUGGCAGGAGGUGCAGGAGGAGGGAGUGAUGGUGGGGCAGCGUCUGUUGGACUCCUGGAGGGGACUCUGCGACAGAGACGGAAGGAGGUUGCUCUGCUGCGUCAGCAACUGAAGGAUGCUGAGUCAGCAGCCGCCCAGCAGCAGGCGGAAUCUGAGGUGGAAUCAAAUCUCCUGUCAAGGCUACAGCAGUUAACGGAGCGGCUUAUAUUGAAGCAACAGCAAGUAGAGUCCCUACAGAUAGAAAAGUCAACCCUCUCCCUACGCAUCGAGACAGAAUCCGCCGCCCUGCAAAAGGACAAACACCGCCUGUCCACCUUCCUCAGAGGCGGACGAAGCCCCGCAUCGGCAGCUGUCACUGCGCGAUUCCUCGCCAGCACACCGGGACCACUUGCUGCUGACCUGGCAGCUGCUGCGUCAGCAGCUGAAGCAAGGGCUCUAGAGGAGGGAGGGGAGGACGUGAUAGAGGGAGACCACGGGUUUUCAAGAGAAGCCAUCUUGAACCGAUCGAGAAAAUUGACUCUGGCUCAGAGGGAUUUUGGGCUCGGGCCGACGGGGAAUGCGUUUGUGGUGGGAGUUGUGGACACGGUUUUGGGAUUUGAUUCGCUUUUCUUGGGGAGUGCGGGCGGCGUGUUGCGGACUAAUGUGGUUGCGAGGACGAGUUUGUGGGUGUAUUUGGUGGUGUUGCAUUUGUGGGUGGCGUUCGUGUGGCUCAUGCAUUUCCCUCACGAGUUUCGGCCACCUCUUGUUACAAUCACGGCCAUGUCUUCUCCGUUACUCGCCGCCAACGUCUACAUUUCCUUCGCGCGCUGCGCGUCUCUCCUCCAAUCGCUCGCCUCCUCUCUCGCCGCCUCCCGCGCGCCAACCAGAAUUCUCCACGUGUUCGAAGACGAGCCAUACGCGCGAACGGGUGUGACAUUAGCGGGGCCUGCGCGGGAUCUGGAACGGACGUUGAUCCUGCUUUCUGGCCGUGCGAUCGAGACCGUUGAUCUGAGUCGCCACGUCGGCAGCCACCCGUGCAUCGGCGUGUUGGACCACGUGGCACUCCGGCCGCUGCUGCGUGCUGAGCUGGCAGACGCUGCCACGUCAGCGAGAAACUUCCCGGUGCACCUCUACGGCGCUGCGAGCCCCACCAACCGCCCCUUAGACGCCAUUCGUCGCGACCUGGGAUACUUCCGACCGCCCCCAGUGCGUUCCGAGACGUCUGCGUUAGCUGAAACCAGUGUCGACGCUGCUGCCCAUCCCGAGCCUCCUUCCAUACCUCCUCCCGAGCCUUCCUCCAUCCAUUCUCCCGAGCCUCCCUCCAUACCUCCCGACUUCGGCCCACUCCACCCGAACCCUCUCAAGGGCAGAGUUGCAGUUGGCGGUGCUCCGUGGGUGUAUAAUUACAACAUACCCAUCCAAACCCCCUCCCGGGUCACCCAAACCACCCUUGCAGCGGCUAGACGGGUGGCUAGACGCGUGAGUGAGAGGGGAGGGGGGGUGGUGGGGGUACAGAGCAUGGCUUUAAUGCAUGGGGACAAGUGUGUUGAGAUAGCUUGUAAUAUAUCUGAGCCUGAUGCACCAGCAGCAGGAAAAACUGUUUUGGAAAAUGAAGCGCCAGGAGCUGUGAAAGGCUCUUUAGAAUAUGAAGCAGUGCAAGUAGCGGGAGGGCCCGGAGCGGUGAAAGGGUGUUGGGGGUAUGAAGCAGUGGCAGCAGGGGAGGUGCAGGGAGCAGUGGAGGAAGGGGUAGAGAGGGAGGUGGGGUUGCAAGGGGCGAGGGUGCUGGCAGGGUAUUCGCCAGGGCUGACGAGACAGCAGGCAUUGGAGAUGUAUUUUGACAUGGAGAAACAAAAGGUGUGGAUAUGA